UGUGAUCGUUGAUUCUCGAGUUGCUCUUUCCUUGCUGCACAACCAACGGCUUUUCAUAGUAAACCCACAAUUUCCUACUCUUCAUUAGUUUAAUUUAAUUUUUCAAAAGUUGAUCCAAUUUUUAAAAAUCUUUCUGUUUUGUUCACAUUAAAAUGCCUGAGCAAAAUACAAUUGUAAUUUCUGGUUUAGCUGGAAGAUUCCCCGGUGCAGAUGAUGUUGAUCAACUUUGGGAUAAAUUAUUACAAGGAAAGGUUCUCUAUUCUGAGGAACGUGAUCGUCAUCCUUCGAAAUUGAGAAACAGGCCGACAGCGCUUGGACAAAUCAAUGAUCUGUCCCGUUUUGACGCACAAUUUUUUGGUUACGAUGCAAAAGCAGCGGAACAUAUGGGAACUCAAAAUCGUGUGCUAUUUGAAGUUGUCUACGAAGCCCUUUGGGAUGCUGGGAUUCUUGUGGAUUCUCUUCGAGGUUCUCGCACUGGUUUUUUCCUCGGAAUCUCAGCUGGCGAUGGGUCAGAUCAGUAUGACUUGGAUGAAACUACCGAUCCAGUCUACAUAUUUUCUCGAUUAGCUUAUCAUUUUAACUGGAAAGGUCCAUGUUUAUCACUUGAUACUGCUUGCGCUUCAACAGCAGACGCCAUUAUUCAAGCUCACUGGCAUAUAAAACACGGCUUGUGUGAUGUAGCUGUAGUUGCUGGAGUAAACACUAUUGUUGAUCCAUUCGUGAACAUGACAGCUGCAGACAUGAAAAUGCUUUCACAAUCUGGUUUCGAACGUUGUCUCGAUGAAAAUGCAGACGGUUUCAUUCGUUCUGAAACAAUUGCAGCCUUGAUUCUUCAGCGUAAACCAGCAGCUAAACGAAUCUAUGGUGAAAUCUUAGGUACCUCCGUUAAUAAUGAUGGUUACACAGAAGAAGGAAUUACAUUUCCCAAUCGAUAUGCUCAAGCCGAUGCAAUGAGAUCAGCACUUAAAAUAGCCAACAUUUCUCCUUCCCAAAUUGAUUACAUUGAAGCUCAUAUAACUGGAACUCAGGCUGGUGAUGCGGUUGAAACUUCAGCCAUUCUAGAUGCUUAUCGAGAUAAUAGUGAUCAACCCAUCAAAGUUGGAUGUAUAAAGUCAAACAUUGGACAUGCUGAAGCUUCUGCUGGAAUCAAUGCCGUCAUAAGAGCCUGUAAAAUUUUACAAACAUCGCAUUUAUCUCCAAACGCUGCUUACUCGGUCCCCAACUCGAGAAUAUCUGGUCUAUUGGAAGGGAAAAUAAUUCCCGUUCUUGAGAAACAACAAUUUAACGCAAACAUUCUUGGAGUCAACACAUUUGGCUUUGGUGGAUCUAAUGGGCACAUCAUUUUAAAGGGAAAUACCCAGCAGAUUAGGCCUUUAGACUCUUCACUGUUUCCUAGGUUAAUCGUUUUUUGUAAUCGCACUCGCCAAGGUAUCGAAGGAAUGGCUCAACAUUUAUUAACCAAAGAUGCUUUGAAUGAAGAUUUAAUUGCUAUGUUGAAUGAAUUAUCACUCGCUAAGCCUGAGAGUGGACUGGUUUGGCGAGGUUAUUCAAUAAUAUCUGAAAAUGGUAAAAUCGAUCACCAGAAAACUAGUCUAGUCAGCAACUCGAGGAAUGUUGGUCUUGUUUUCAACGAUUCACCUUGUCCCUCAUAUCAUGGAUUAUCAAGAUUCAAAGUUUUCCGUGAUUCACUUCAAUCUAGUUUAUCAUUUUUAAAAUCCAAAGGCGUCGAUCUUGGGGAUAUGUCCACGAAAAAUCAUCUAAAAUCUAAAAAUGAACAAUCAACUGCAGUUGUUAGAAAUGUUGUUUACCAAAUAGCUCUGAUUGACUUACUUGGCUCUCUUGGAAUCAAACCCGAUUUAGUCAUCAGUUCUUCAAGUGGCAGCAUAUCAUCUCGUUAUGCGUCAAGUCAACUUAGCCGAAACUCUGCUUUAACCGCUGCCAUUAAAUAUCUAACAAAUAAAGCAACUCCAUUAACACCUUCAUCUAAAACUGUUUUGGACAAAUACUCCAAACUUCUCAAUGGUUUCACUGAUUCUUCACUGGCUUCAAAUGAAACUCAUGUUCACAUCGCAUCUCACAAUGACCUCAAUAACAAGGAAUUAUCGUUAGAUGAAUGGAUAAUGAUCAAUAUAGACGGACAAAUCAGACUAAUGGGAAAUGAAAUCCCUGCACAUAAUAGCUUAAAACAAGUAAAAAACUCAAAUGAAGAUGUUAUUCAAUUUUUGAUAACUUUAGGUAGUCUUUACCUUUCUGGUCAAAAUGUCGAUAUCUCAACCCUUUACCCAUCGAUGACUUUCCCUAUCGGUCGUCAAACUCCAUCUUUGUCCCCAUUCCUGAUUUGGGAUCAUUCGAAUCAGCAUAAAGUUUGCUCGUGUGUUGAGUUUUAUGACAACAUGACUAAUCUGUGCUUCACUGUAGACCUAACCGAUCCUGAAUAUGAAGAGGUUUCUCAUCACAUCUAUGACGAUCGUACUCUGAUGCCUGCUGUUGGCUACAUUUACCUUCUCUGGAAAACAAUGGUCUUCAAUUAUCAUGGUGACUCUGUUAAUUUCAAGGAUUAUGGAUUUCGAGUUUGGGAUGUCAAGAUUCAUCGGGCAACAAUCAUCAAUGAUGAAGCUAUCUUCAAAGUUUACUUUAAUCCAGUUACUCACUAUUUUAAUGUCGCCUUCAGAGAUCAAGUAUGUGUCUCUGGUUUCGGUGAAUUGACUGGUAAAGAGUCGCCAGUUGAUUUUGAAUAUUUUAUGAAUGUUGAAACAAACCCAGAAGCAUUGGAAAUGACUGGAGAUCGAUUUUAUCUUGGACUGAAAAUCCAAGGGUUUCAUUAUGGAGAGAAGAUGAGAAACAUUGUUUCAACCAGUACUGAUCACAAGUACGCUCGGAUCAACUACUCUGGUGGAUGGAUUGGUUUAGCUGAUUCAUUUAUGCAACUUGGUGGCCUUACAACAGCCAUGAGAACACCUCGAGUCCCAAUUGGCUUCCAAGAGUUUGUCUAUGACCCAGAGGCUUUCAAUGAAGCUCUUGAAAUGGUUCCAACAGUUAAAGAAGGGGAAGGAAAUGAAACGGCAGAACUUGAAGUUUAUUUAUGCCAUGAAGUGGGAACGAUAACAACGUAUGGAGUUUUCCUGAAGGGACUGCGAUUCACUGGAGCUCCUCAAAAGCCAGAACAAUCUGACCUUAGAUAUGCUCGACAAACUUUUAAACCUCACCAUUGUAGCAGUUUAACCUUACAGCCAACAACCGAAACUUUGGUUUCAGAUUACUUGACCGAUUGUAACGAAAUAUUGGCUAAUUAUGGAAAAGAAUCAGAUGCUAAAGAAGAAUGGACAAAUUAUAUUAAGAUGGAAUCUCGAUUCAAGCUUUUCACAGCCAUUCAUAAAGCAUUGAAAGAAAAGUCAACUUCUGAUUUUAACUCCAAAUUGAUGGUUGAUCCAUCGAUAUUGAUUAAAGAUAACUUAAUGGAUUCAGUUUUAAAUCGAGUCUUGGGAUUUACAUUGAAUGUUUACGAAAGUGAAUUGUGCAAAAAAAUGGUCAAUGUAGCGUCUAUUGGAUCAAAUAGUGAUCAAACUUGUGACCAAAUUUUAAGAAAGUUAUCUUCGUUUGCCGUUCGUGGAGAAAUGAUUUCUAUGCCAAAAGAUGAAGGUAAACCUUCUAAACCUAUUGACUUAUUGAUUUAUAAUCAUUCAAGUCUCAACUUGUGUGGACAUUCGGAGGGAAGUGUCGAUGAAGAUAAAAUUUUACAAUUUAUUGAGCCUGGAAGUUUUGUGAUGGUAAAUUAUCGAGAAAAUUUACUUUCUUUUGAGAAAAAAAUCGAUCAAAUUUGUAAGGUAAACUCGUCAGCUAAAUUUGGUGACAUUAAGAAGAGACUCGAGAGUAAAAUGAAACAAAUGGAUUUACUUCCAAUCGCAUCUUGUCGACAUGAAAAAACAGGAUUAGUCUCUUUACUGUACAAAAAACGGCCAAAAAAGUCUGAAGGUGCUUCUCGAGUUAUUCGCAUUGAUACAUCUUCAUACACUUGGGUUGAGAAUAUCCAAGACGCUCUAGAUGACAAAGAGAUAGAAAAGGUUUUCUUGAUUGCUGAUGAUUCGGUUCGUAAUGGAAUUGUUGGAAUGGUUAAAUGCAUUCGCUUUGAACCAUUUGGUGAUAAAAUCCGUUGUUUCUUUUGGCCUGGUAAUAAAAUUAGAGAUGACCUCAAAAAUUUGGAUCAAGAUGUUUUAGAGAAGGAUUUGUUAAUGAAUGUAAAUUUAGAUGGACACUGGGGCACUUUUCAUUUGGAUGAUAUACCAAUUGAUGAGGACAUUCACUCUUCAGCUACUAAUUGUUAUGUUGAUGUGGGCAAAAGAGGAGAUUUGACCAGUUUGACUUGGUUUAGAAGCUUGGAUGACGAUGAAUCAGUUCGAAUGGUUGAGGACAACGAGAUGGAGCAAGAAGACUGUAAACAUGAAAAUGUCGACACACACUAUUCAACUCUCAACUUCAGAGACGUUUUACUGGCAACUGGUCGAUUAACAGCCGAUGCUUAUCCACCAAAUAAUGUAGAAACUCUAAUUGGUACUGAAUUUUCUGGUAUAACUGAGUCAGGUAGACGAGUUAUGGGAAUCUGUCAUGGUAAAGGAAUAGCUACAAAGAUUCCGGGUAAAAAUAUUUCCAUCUUGUUUGAUGUUCCAGAUGCAUGGAGUCUCGCUGAAGCAGCUACAGUACCAAAUGUUUAUUUAACUGUAUAUUAUGCUCUCUGUGUCCGAGGUGGUUUGAAGCGAGGUGAAUCUGUUUUGAUACAUUCAGGUUCUGGUGGAGUUGGUCAAGCAGCCAUUUCAUUGUGUCUUGCCCGUGGUUGUCAAGUGUUCACCACUGUUAGUACACAAGCGAAACAAGAUUUCCUCAAAUCAAUGUUUCCUCAAUUGGAUGACACUUGUUUCGCCGAUUCUCGCUCAAAUAAAUUUGAGGAACACAUUUUACGCCAAACUAAUGGACGAGGUGUGGAUAUAGUCCUCAAUUCCCUAACAGAUGAUAAACUACAAUCAGGGUUACGGUGUGUGGCUGAAGGAGGUCGAUUUCUUGAAUUGGGAAAAUAUGAUAUCGUUCAAAAUCAUCAAUUUGAUUAUAGCUCAUUGAAAAACAAUUCUAGUUUCCAAGCAGUUUGUCUUUCAUUUGUCAUCAAUAAAAUUUGUGAGAACUCAUGGGAAGGUCGACAAUUAGCUGAACAAUUUCAGAAAUUUUUCUCCGAAGGAAUUGAUUGUGGUGAAAUAAGGCCAAUCACUUCACAUGUUUACAAAGCUAAUCAAGUUGAAGAUGCUUUUCGUUUAAUGGCAAAAAGUCGUCACUUGGGGAAAGUGCUUAUUGAAAUUCGAGAUGAAAAACUGAAACUACCGUUGGAACCAUUAGAUUGCGUUUGUCAAACCUAUUUCCAUCCUCAAAAGUGUUAUAUUAUUCUUGGAGGUUUGGGUGGAAUGGGUUUGGAGUUAGCUUAUUGGAUGGUUUCGCGAGGAGCUCGAAAUCUUGUCAUUACUUCUCGGUCUGGCUUUAAAUCUGAUAAUGAAAGAGGUUUCAUUGAGUUUCUCCGUUAUUAUCAAUAUCGUCGUCACAACAUAAUUGUUACCAUUAAUGAUGCAAUGACACCAACAAUGACUUCUCAAUUGAUUGAUUCAGCCUCUCGACUAGGUCCCAUUGGUGGCAUUUUUAACCUUGCUAUGGUACUUAAAGAUGGUUUAUUUGAAAAUCAAACUCCAGAGGCGUUUGAAUUAGUCUGUGGGCCUAAGAUUAAAGUUACUCAAAAUUUGGAUAAAAUAUCCAGAGAGUUGUGUCCCUAUCUUGACCAUUUUGUUUGUUUCUCGUCAAUUGCUACACUUGGUAGUGUUGGACAAUCAAAUUAUGCGUUUGCCAACUCUUUUAUGGAAAGGGUUUGUGAGGAAAGGCGAAAGGAAGGUCUUCCUGGUUUAGCUGUUCAAUGGGGUCCAGUUGCUGAUGUUGGUGUUGCCGCUAGAUUGGUUAAUGAAAAAGAUUUGGUCAUUUUUGGUUUUGCUGCUCAAAAUAUUUUCUCCUGUUUCCGAGCUUUAGAUAAAUUCAUGCAACUUCCAGAUGCAGUCUGUCAAUCCUGUGUAAUCUCUAGUGGAACUCAACAAGAAGCUUCUCAAUUUGAAAAUAUCUUCCAAAGGAUUGCUCAUAUUUUGGGUAUUAAAGAUAUCGACGCACUUGACCCUAACACUACUCUUAAUGAAUUAGGUUUGGACUCACUGCAAUCAAUAGAGGUUAAAGAGUAUUUUGGACGACAAUAUAAUCUAUCAUUAGAUGAGAAACCUUUGGGAAGUCUCAAGAUUUCAGAUAUUCGUGAUUUAUCCAAAAAUUUGCAGACUAAAGAUAAGAUGCAAGAAGAGGCAUUAGAUUGAAAUAUUAAUACAUUUUUGUACUUUUUGUUGAGCUUUCGAUUGUUGCUAAAAUUAAAGACUUAUGAAAAGGGUUA